AUGAAGGAUGUGGAGUCGGGCCGGGCCCGGGCGCUGCUCAACUCGGCGGCCGCCAGGGGCGACGGCCUGCUGCUGCUGGGCACCCGCGCGGCCGCGCUGGGCGGCGGGGGCGGCGGCGGCCCGAGGGACAACCGGCGGGGCAAGCAGGGCGCCCGGAUGAGCCUGCUGGGGAAGCCGCUCUCCUACAGCAGCAGCCAGAGCGGCCGGCGCACCGUCAAGUAUCGGCGGGUGCAGAACUAUCUCUACAAUGUGCUGGAGAGACCCCGCGGCUGGGCGUUCGUCUACCACGCGUUCGUUUUCCUUCUUGUCUUUGGUUGCUUGAUUUUGUCAGUGUUUUCCACCAUCCCUGAGCAUACAAAAUUGGCUUCAAGUUGCCUCCUGAUUUUGGAGUUCGUGAUGAUUGUCGUCUUUGGCUUGGAGUUCAUCGUGCGGAUCUGGUCUGCAGGUUGCUGUUGUCGGUAUAGAGGAUGGCAAGGAAGACUGCGCUUUGCCAGGAAACCCUUCUGUGUUAUAGAUACCAUUGUUCUUAUCGCGUCAAUCGCAGUUGUUUCUGCAAAAACUCAGGGUAACAUUUUUGCCACGUCUGCACUGAGAAGUCUUCGUUUCCUACAGAUCCUCCGCAUGGUGCGCAUGGACCGAAGGGGAGGCACUUGGAAAUUACUAGGCUCAGUGGUUUAUGCCCACAGUAAGGAAUUAAUUACAGCGUGGUACAUAGGAUUCUUGGUUCUUAUUUUUUCAUCUUUCCUUGUCUAUCUGGUGGAAAAGGAUGCCAAUAAACAAUUUUCUACAUAUGCAGAUGCUCUCUGGUGGGGCACAAUUACUUUGACAACGAUUGGCUAUGGAGACAAAACUCCCCUUACUUGGCUGGGAAGAUUGCUUUCCGCAGGCUUCGCACUCCUUGGCAUUUCUUUUUUUGCACUUCCUGCUGGUAUUCUUGGCUCGGGUUUUGCAUUAAAAGUGCAAGAACAGCACCGCCAGAAACACUUUGAGAAAAGAAGGAACCCAGCUGCCAACCUCAUUCAGUGCGUUUGGCGGAGUUAUGCAGCUGAUGAGAAAUCUGUUUCCAUUGCAACCUGGAAACCACACCUGAAGGCCUUGCACACCUGCAGCCCCACCAAGAAAGAGCAAGGGGAAGCAUCAAGCAGUCAGAAGCUAAGUUUUAAGGAACGAGUGCGCAUGGCUAGUCCGAGGGGCCAGAGCAUUAAGAGCAGACAAGCCUCGGUAGGUGACAGGAGAUCCCCGAGCACCGACAUCACAGCCGAAGGCAGCCCCACCAAAGUGCAGAAGAGCUGGAGUUUCAACGACCGAACCCGCUUCCGGCCUUCCCUACGCCUCAAAAGCUCUCAGCCAAAACCAGUGAAUGACGCUGACACAGCGCUUGGCACAGAUGAUGUAUAUGAUGAAAAGGGAUGCCAGUGUGACGUGUCUGUGGAAGACCUCACCCCACUUAAAACUGUCAUUCGAGCUAUCAGAAUUAUGAAGUUUCAUGUUGCAAAACGAAAAUUUAAAGAAACAUUACGCCCAUAUGAUGUAAAAGAUGUUAUUGAACAGUAUUCUGCUGGCCAUCUGGACAUGUUGUGUAGAAUUAAGAGUCUUCAAACACGGGUUGAUCAAAUUCUUGGAAAAGGGCAGCUCACAUCAGAUAAGAAGAGCAGAGAGAAAAUAACUGCAGAACACGAGACCACAGAUGAUCUCAGUAUGCUCGGCCGGGUAGUCAAAGUUGAAAAACAGGUGCAGUCUAUUGAGUCCAAGCUGGACUGCCUUCUGGACAUCUACCAACAGGUCCUCCGGAAAGGGCCCACCUCCGCCCUCACUCUGGCCUCAUUCCAGAUCCCACCCUUUGAAUGUGAACAGACAUCUGACUAUCAGAGCCCUGUGGAUAGCAAAGACCUAUCCAGCUCUACCCAAAACAGUGGCUGCUUAUCCAGAUCAGCUAGUGCCAACAUUUCUCGAGGCCUGCAGUUCAUUCUGACACCAAAUGAGUUCAGUGCCCAAACUUUCUACGCACUUAGCCCAACUAUGCACAGUCAAGUGCCCCAGGUGGCACUAAGUCAAAGUGAUGCCUCCACCGUGGCAGCCACCAACAACCUUGCAAACCAAAUAAAUGCAGCCCCGAAGCCACCAGCCCCGACAACUUUACAGAUCCCGCCUCCGAUCCCAGUCAUCAAGCAUCUGCCCAGGCCAGAGACCCUCCAUCCGAACCCUGCAGGCUUCCAGGAAAGCAUUUCCAACGUCUCCACCUGCCUUGUUGCCUCCAAGGAAAAUGUUCAGGUUUCACAGUCAAAUCUGACCAAGGACCAGGCACUGAGGAAAAGUUUUGACAUUGGAGGAGAAACUUUGUUGUCUGUCCAGCCCAUGAUGCCCAAGGACUUGGGGAAAUCUUUGUCUGUACAAAACCUGAUCCAUUCAACAGAGGAACUGAACAUCCAGCUUUCAGGGAGCGAGUCAAGUGGCUCCCGAGGCAGCCAAGAUUUUUACCCUAAAUGGAGGGAGUCCAAAUUGUUCAUUACUGAUGAAGAGGUGGGUCUAGAAGAGAUGGAGACAGACACUUUUGACACCAUUCAGCCUCCAGGCCGGGAAACUGCUUUUGCAUCAGACUCCCUAAGGACUGGGCGAUCCAGAUCAUCUCAGAGCAUUUGUAAGGCAGGAGAAUGAGAAGUACGGAAUGCCCUCAGCUUGCCUCCUGUCAAACUGAAAUAAGUUCUUUGUUUCAUUUCUAGAUAUAGCAGUUUCUUUAGCCACACAUAUCAUUGCAUGGACUAUUUUGAAAGCCCUUCAAAAAUAAUGAAAUUGCAAGAAUCAGGAAGAACUUGACAGGCCAUGUACAAGCCCGUUAUCUUUUAAUUGCAUGAAAAUGCAUGUUUAGGGAUGGCUGAAAUUCCAAGGUACAUCAAUAUUAACCCACAGUACAGUAAAAUACCUUGAGUUGAAAAUUCUGAGAAACAAAACUGUUGAUGCUCUGGGGGUGUGUGAAAAUGUCAAUCUUUGGUCACUUAGAAAAUUUAACUAUAAUUUUAAAUUAUGGGAGUUAACACUUUCAAAUUUUAGGCAUUUCUGUUUUGUGGUUCAAUACUUUUAAAACUAGGCUGUAAUGUAUAUUUAAACACAAUGGCUGGGGCCAGAGCAGUGGCAUAAACAGCAGGACAUUUGCC